GGUAUGGAGGAACCACCAGAGUCCAGGCCCGAAAUUAGCUCCUUUCCCUGGGUCUGACUGUCCUCCAGGGUCAGAGCCCGUGUAUGGGCACCUGGGAAGGGGACAGCAGAGGGUCCUUGAGGGACAGGUGUGCAGCUCAUGCCAGAGGGGCAGCCCUGGCAGCCCCUUUUCUUCCUGGGCCCCUGGCACCCUGGCCCAGGAGCACCGCCCCCAGGGCCGGGGCAGUGCCGGCACAGCUUCCUUCAGGGCCAUCAUGAACGGGUUUGCCAGCUUUGCCCCCGGCCCCGGCAGCCCCACCAAGAAGCCCACGGAGCCCACACCCAGCCAGGCCCCGCUCCCAGAGGACGUAGACAUGAGCGGCGGCUCGAGCGGGACCGAGGCCACUGAGAACAGCUCCGUGGGACGGGACUCGCAGGGCAGCGACUGUGACGACAGCGGCAAGGAGCUGAGGAUGCUGGUGGGGCCGCCAGACACCCGUGGCAGUCCGGACGCCUUCAGCCUGAUGCUGGCGAAGUCCCAGCACCACACUUCCACCAGCGGCUGCAGCAGCGAGCAGUCUGCCAAAGCCGACACGCACAAGGAGCUGAUCCGGACGCUCAAGGAGCUGAAGGUCCACCUCCCCGCAGACAAGAAGGCCAAGGGGAAAGCCAGCACGCUGGCGACCUUGAAGUACGCCCUGAGGAGCGUGAAGCAGGUGAAAGCCAACGAGGAGUACUACCAGCUGCUCAUGUCCAGCGAGAAGCCUGCGUGCGGCGCGGAUGUGCCCUCCUACACCCUGGAGGAGAUCCAGAGCGUCACCUCGGAGUUCAUCAUGAAGAACGGGGACAUGUUCGCUGCGGCUGUGUCCCUGGUCACCGGGAAAGUCCUGUACGUCUCUGACCAGGUGGCCUCCAUCUUCCACUGCAAGAGGGACACCUUCCGUGACGCCAAGUUCGUGGAGUUCCUGGCGCCCCAUGACGUCAGCGUGUUCCACAGCUCCACCACGCCGUACAGGCUCCCGCCCUGGAGCGUCCGCAGCGGGGCAGAUUCUUUCACUCAGGAACGCGUGGAGGAAAAGUCUUUCUUCUGCCGUAUCAGCGCUGGGAAGAGCCAUGAGAACGAGGUCCGCUACCACCCGUUCCGCAUGACGCCGUACCUGGCCCAGGUGCCGGAGCAGCAGGGUGCCGAGAACCAGCUGUGCUGCGUGCUGCUGGCCGAGAGGGUGCACUCGGGCUAUGAAGCCCCUAGAAUUCCUCCGGAAAAGAGGGUUUUCACGACCACACACACACCCAGCUGUGUGUUCCAGGACGUAGACGAAAGGGCAGUCCCCCUCCUGGGCCACCUGCCUCAGGACCUGGUCGAGACCCCAGUGCUCCUGCAGCUGCACCCCAGCGACAGGCCGCUGAUGCUCACCAUCCACAGGAAGAUCGUGCAGGCCGGCGGGCAGCCGUUUGACUACUCGCCCCUCCGUUUCCGCGCCCGGAACGGGGAGUACGUCACGCUGGACAGCAGCUGGUCCAGCUUCAUAAACCCCUGGAGCCGGAAGAUCUCCUUCAUCAUCGGGCGGCACCGAGUCAGAGUGGGCCCUUUGAACGAGGAUGUGUUCGCCCCGCCGUGUGCGGAAGAGCAGCUCCCGCAAGCAGGCGUCCAGGAGCUCACAGAGCAGAUCCACCGGCUGCUGCUGCAGCCUGUGCCCCACUGCGGCUCCAGUGGCUACGGCAGCCUGGGCAGCAACGGCUCCCACGAGCACCUCAUGAGCCAGACCUCCUCCAGCGACAGCAACGGCCACGAGGAGGCGUGCCGGCGGAGAGCCGCAAUUCCCAAAAAUGGUCAUAAGGUCAAGUCCAAAAGUCAUUAUUCUGAUGAAUUUGGAGAACAGAAGGAGAAAUCUCCUACAGGUGCACAGAGUGGGUCCCCCGCUCAGGCGACAGCCUUCCGGGACUUGGAGAAGGACAGCCCGGGCGCCAGCCCACCCACAGCUGCCUUUGCAGAAGAGCUGGCCUGCAAGGGCCAGCCAACGGGCUCCUACCAGCAGAUUAGCUGCCUGGACAGUGUCAUCAGGUACCUGGAGAGCUGCAAUGAGGCCACCACCCUGAAGAGGAAGUGCGAGUCCCCAGGGAGCAUGGCCACACAGGAGGCCAGCGACAAGCGGAAGGCCAGAGGCAGCCCCGGGCCACCUCCUGCCGGGGCGGCAGUGCCCCCCAGGGUGGACAGACACGCGGGUGUCAGCGCGCACCUGACCUCGCUGACGCUGCCGGGCAAGGCGGAGAGCGUGGUGUCGCUCACCAGCCAGUGCAGCUACAGCAGCACCAUCGUGCACGUGGGCGACAAGAAGCCUCAGCCGGAGCUAGAGAUGGCAGACGACGCUGUGAGUGGGCCUGAGUCCCCGGACUGCCUGGCAGGGGCCACCCUGCCCUGCGGCCUCAGCCCAGAGAAGGAGCCCUUCAGGAGGCUGGGCCUCACCAAAGAGGUGCUGGCUGCCCACACCCAGAAGGAGGAGCAGAACUUCCUGCUCAAGUUCAAGGAAACAAGGAAACUCAAUGUCCUCCACUCUCGCUGCCAUUACUACUUACAAGAAAGGUCCCGGGGGCAGGUGAAUGAAAGAGCCACCCCUGGGCUGAGGAGCGGCUCUGGAGUAGACCCGUCCUGGAAAAAAACCAGCAAGAGCAGGAAACUGAAGCCCAAACGGGUCAAGCCCCGGGACUCUUCUGACAGCACCGGCUCGGGGGGGCCCGUGCCCCACCGGCCCCCGCUGGUGGGCCUCAACGCCACAGCCUGGUCGCCCUCGGACACGUCCCAGUCCAGCUGCCCCGCGGCGCCCUUCCCCAGCCCCGUGACGGCCUACUCCCUGCCGGUGUUCCCGGCCCCCGGCAUCGUGCCAGCGCCUGGGACGGUGACCGCGACACCGAUGGAGGCCCACGCCAGCUUUGGGGUGCCCGCUAUGCCGACAGACGCUCAUCAGGAGUUUGCAGUGCAGCCCCCGCCGUUCGCUGCCCCCCUGGCCCCAGUCAUGGCCUUGGUGUUACCCAGCUAUCCCUUCCCCCCGGUGACCCCGAACCUGCCGCCGGGCUUCUUCCCCAGCCAGAUGGUCCCUGCCCCGCAGCCUGAGUUCCCUGGUCGGACCUCACCCCGCAGACAGCCCUGCCCUUGUCCUCGGGCAGACCAUGGGCCACCUGUGUCCCGUGUGGCCACACCGGCCACCCCACUGUCGGCCACCGGGCCCUCCGGCCGGGCCUCCCCACCACUUUUCCAGUCCCGAGGCAGCUCACCCCUGCAGCUCAACCUGCUGCAGCUGGAGGAGGCCCCCGAGGGCAGCCCCGGGGCUGCAGGGGCCUCGGGGACGGCGGGACCGGACUGCAAACCCAGCCCGUCUCGGGACUGGCCGCUGACGGCGGCGCCGACCACGAGGAUUCCCUGCCGUGCUCUCGCUGCAGCGGGCGGCCCUGCAGCCCCCACGCACGAGGAGCCCUCAGACGCCCAGAACAGUGAUGGCCUCUCCACGGCCAGCGACCUGCUCGACCUCCUGCUGCGCGAGGACCUCUGCUCGGCGGAGGAGUCGGCCCUGUCGAGAAGCGGGGCCUCCGCCACCUCCGACUCCCUGGGCUCCAGCUCACUGGGCUACGGCGUGUCCAGAAGUGGGGCAGGCAGUAGCAGCACCAGCCGCACCAGCAGGUACUUCGGCAGCAUCGACUCCUCGGAGAAGAAUCACAGAGCAGGAGCGGAGGUGGGCGCGUGCUCCGUCAGGUGCGUCCUCCAGGACCCCGUCUGGCUGCUGAUGGCUGACGUGGACGACGGCGUCAUGAUGACGUACCAGAUGCCUUCCCGAGACCCGGAAGCCGUCCUGCAGGAGGACAGGGAGAGGCUGAGGCUGCUGCGGAGGCUGCAGCCCCGCUUCACCGAGGGGCAGAAGCAGGAGCUGCAGGAGGUGCACCCAUGGGUGCGGGCGGGCGGCCUGCCUGAGGCCGUGGACGUGAUGGAAUGUGUUUACUGUGAGAGCCGGGGAGACAGCGACUUCCGUCUGCCCUACGAGGAAGACAGCCCUCCCCCAGGACUCAGCGAAGCCUCGGACCCCAAAGGAAAGGAAAAUGGGCCCACCCUGAGCCCCAGAUGUGAGGGGCAGACGUAACUCCCAGCACCCGUCCAGGCUGAUGGAAGAAGACAGAGCUUGACACCAGAGUCCAAGGAGAUGGACGGACAUACUUUUUGCUGUUUGUUUCUUUUAGAAAACAAAACCGUUUUUUGAAGGGGUAACUUAAAACUGUGGAGGGAGGGAAGGGUUUGGAAGAAAAUACACUUUUAUAUUUAAAAUGUAAAUGUGGACUUGGAGGGCGGGGAAGAGAGUUUGCUGGGAUGCAGCUUCAGACUGAAUCCGCCCUUGGAGGCGCGGGGAGUCCAAGGGCCGCGCUGAGCUUCCAUGGGGUGUCCCGAGACGCACCCAUGCGGGGCUUCGCCAGGGACAAGUGUGCAGUUCAAAUCCUGUCCUCUCUUGGGGCUGCUUUUUAUCUCGAGUAGCAUCUAGUCAAACUAGGUAUUUUUAAAACUACCCAGUGGAGGUGACAGCCUCUCCCGACUUACUUUCCAAAUGCAUCGCAUCGAAUGGUGUGAAGCAAACCGGCAGCUCUGGCUUCGGGUGCAGUAGCGGCAGCUGCCUGGGGCAGCCGGCUCCAGACCAAGGCUGGUCGCUUCAUGACCAGUUCCCUCUGACUCUCGCCCUGGCCCUCCUGGGUGUCUCUGCGUCAUCCUUGGCUCCAUUUCGGACCCCAGCCAGCACGUCCAUGGAAACAGGUGGUCGACCAUCUCUUUGCAAAGGCGAUUUUGUCUGCAGGCCAGGCUUUGAGGACCCACCCCUGCUCUCCAGCUGACACGCCCCAGACACCCGCUCUGGCCCUGGCAGAGCAGCCACCAACCCAGGGGGCCCUCGGGAUGGUGUCUGUUGCUGGUGCAGUGAGCUUGCCUCUCCUGCCCCAGCCUUUUCAUGAGCCUUCCUUUACUCGGCAUGGCUUCGGUCUCUGCAGUGGUGUCCCCCAGGGCCUCUGGCACCUUCAGGCCAGGGGGACCCUUGGGGAAGAGGGAGGGCAUUCUGCCCGGCUGUUUGCAGAGCCUCACGUUGGGCCAUAUGCACCAGAGACUGUGUGGGAGAAAUAUCAUCGGUCCCUGGAAUGAAGAGAAGCACAAGCUGAUGAGAAUCAGCUCACAACUGCACUGAGCGUGGGGACCCACCAGGCGGCAGGCUCCCCUGCUCCCAGAUGGGCAAGCAGCAGCCCGGACCGCGGAGCUGCCUUUCAGCCCGGUGGCUCUCAUAGUCAGACCGUCCUGCUCCUGAAUGAGUCCUCUUCUUCAGAAACUCAAACACGAAACACUGUCGAGCUUUGUUUUACAAAGUACUCUCACCUCCAGGCGCCCACAUUCUGCGUGCAGUCCUGCCUGCGUGUGGGAAUGAGACGCUGCCAACUGCGUCCUGCCUUCUGCGGAAGUCAGGCCGUCACCCGGGGACUGGUGUCCCGCAAACACCAACUGCCAAAACCUUCUCUACCGUCGUGAAUGUUUACCGUCAGCGCUAUACACUCAGUGCCGCGCACUGUGCAGCUUCCGCGUGCGCAGGGGCCGGCCCUAGGAGCAUUUUGUGGCAUUGUUUACACGGCGCCAUGUAUCGAGUCGUCUUUCCUUUGUCUGUGAGCUUACACGGGUGUUCUGAAAACGUCCUCGAUUUUUAAACUGAGCCUUUUUUUUUACUACAUUCCCUCGGAGAUGGAAAACGCCCCCGAGGCCACUUGGCGACUCCUAGCGUGGCCGCACCGCGGUCCGCUCGUGCACAAACCCAGCUUCCUCCGCCCAGUGCAGUCGUCGUUCAGCUGCUUGUUGUGUCUUUUUAUGACUUUCUGCCUUUUAGAAAAUUGGUAAAUAAAGCGAGUAUAUUUUUAUUUUUA